UUUUGGCUCUCGUUUUCUUCUCAAUGUUGACGCGUCUUCAGAAUAAUAUACUUUUGCCCAAGGUUCUUCUGGGUUGUUACGCAAAUGGAUUUUCCAAUCUUAUUUCUGGAUCACAAAUUUUAAGAGGUUUCAAUGAGACUGCUGGAUUUUCUGCAUUGUCGGGUGAUAAUCUAAGGAGCCGACCUAAGAGUUCCCUGAGGAAUUACCAAGUUGUGGUGGCAGCAACUCGUGAAAUGGGGAUUGGGAAAGAUGGUAAGUUACCAUGGAGAUUGCCUUCUGACCUCAAAUUCUUCAAGGAACUUACAGUGACAACAUCGGAUCCUGAGAAGAAGAAUGUUGUAGUAAUGGGUAGAAAAACCCGGGAGAGUAUUCCACUUGAAAAUAGACCUUUACCUGGUCGCCUUAAUGUUGUCCUCACUCGUUCCCAGAGUUCUGAUAUUACAACCGGAGAAAAUGUUGUAAUAUGUGGGAACAUUCCAUCAACUUUGGAACUAUUAGCUGAGGUUCCUUACUGUUUUUCAACAGAGAAAGUGUUUGUCAUUGGCGGUGGCCAGAUAUUUAGGGAAACACUUAAUGCUCCAGGUUGUGAAGCCAUUCACAUUACUGAAAUUGAGACAAGCUUUGAAUGUGAUACCUUCAUUCCUUCAAUUGAUCUGUCUUGUUUCCAACCGUGGUACUCAUCUAAGCCGUUGGUAGAAAACAAUGUCCGGUUUUUUCACAGUUGCAAAGAACAGUGAUGAAC